AUGGACAUCCUCUUCCCUGACAAGAAGUCGCAGACGUCUGCGCCCUCCUCGACAAACGACUCCCCGGCCUCCACCUUCGACAAGAACAUCUCCAGCUGGCUGUCUUCCACCAGCUCGUCGGGAACGUCCUCGGUAACGUCGCCGUCAGCUGACUCGAACACUUCUCCGACCACCGCCGACACACUCAUCUCCCUGUUGAUGGACUACGUCUCCGCGGCGAACAACCGUACCUGGACCGAUUUCGAUGGUCUGGAACAAUACUUCCAUCCGUCUUUCACCACUGAAUGCCGAUUUACCUCCAAGUUGCAGACGUUUCCCGAAGGCAUCAAGACCCUGCAGGACCUUGUGGAGAUCUCGCCAACUUUUCACAUCAAGUUACACGAGGCUUCGGCCAAGAUCGACGAGCCCACGAGAACUGCUUUUGUCUUCAUCCAUUCUGACUGGGUUGGCGCUCCGCCCGGGAAUACGACCCAGAGCAUGCAAGUCUUCGAGUGGAGAUUCGUGGAUGGAAUGUGGCUCUGCUAUCGCUCGAACGUUAUGAGAGGUAUCGAUGAAGUUGUAUGA